AUGGACUCACCAAUACCUUCUGGAUGGCGGAUAUGGUUCGCGACGCUCGACCCGCUGGUCGCGUUGAGUGGAGCUUUUGCCAACGCCUUCUCCACGUCGACUGUGCUAAGUAGCUAUAACCCCCAGGCCAUCGAACCGCCAGCUAUUGAGACAACAAUUGUCCUCAACAUGAGCACAGGCUUUCUUUUGGGCACCCUCUUCCUUCAGGUUGUCUUGCUCCGUCUCAGGUCCCGAGACCUAACAGUCUGGCGAUGCUUGCAGGCAAGCAUUGCCAUUGUCGAUCUGGUCAUCAUUGCUUCUGUGCUGCAAGGGCUCUCUAUCCAAGGGCGGAUCACUCCGGCUCUCUGGAGGUGGCAGGAAUGGGGCAACUUGCUCAUUACCGGUUUUGUGUUGGCCACCCGUGUGGUAUUUUUGCUUGUCGUGCAUCCCACGCAGCUGGGCGAUUCAAGGGCCAAGUGGGAUUGA